UAGCCAGCAGCCACAGUUCCAUGGCUCUCAGUCGCAAAAGGGAGCGUACACACAUCUUCCACGCCAGCGACACCCUCAGGAGCACCAACAUGACCAGAUGACCCAGCAGCAAUUGAAGCAGCAACAUCAGCAACAGCCUCAACAACAGCCGCAGCAGCCUAAUGAGAUGUCAAAUGAUUCCGCAGCACCAGAGCAGGCGGACUCGCCCAUCUCGAGCCCCACGCCAAGAACGCCACAGUCGAGCACGCAAGAGGAGUCAUUGGCAGGAGGUCUCGCUGGUGCAGCUGAAUUGUGCGCGCGCUCAUCGGUCGGUCCAAUGGAGGAGGAUGCCAAGAGCGCUGUCGCUGUUGUGUAAAAGCGCUCGAUACGGGGGUGAAUAUCAGGAUUUACUUUUUAUGUGUUUGCAUUGUUUCUUCUUUUUUUCUUCUUUUCUUUCUUCCCUUAACCUUUGCCUUUGUUGUUAUGUUCUGUUCUUGAGCCGAUGUUCAUGCUUCUGCUUGCUUUCUUUCUCUUUCAUUUCGGUUUCCUCUCUCUCUCUUUCCCCAUAUACCACUUCUUCUGUCUUCAUUCUCUCUUUGCUUGUGAUAUAUACAAUACCAUUUCACUGUCUCUUUGCUCCUGUACUCUUUUUUUUUCACUAUGUCUUUCUUUCACGUCUUUCUUUUGUUUUCGCCACCAAAAAACCCCCCUACCCCUUGCACACAGAAAAAAAGCUGCUUUGAAACGAAAUGUCUUGCAAUAAAUAAGAAAUUGAACAUCCUUUUACUUUGCAAUGAAACUUGCUCC